CAGUGUUGUCAAUGCAGGCUGAUUUUGGUCGGCGGAAUUAUUUAAACUAAAGUUACCCCUUUUUAACUUUCUACCUCCUCGUGAACUGGGUGUGACUCUGGUUUAUCAGUAAGGGAUUAUAUGCCUGUUUGUAAAGAGUCUGUGCUGCAGAAUGCUCUGGUUCGUGUUGUUCGUGUCGGUGCUGUGGUGCAGUCUGAUGAACACUGGACCAGCUCAAGGAUACUUCCACGAGGAGCGCUGGAGCCCGGAGUCUCCUAUAUUAGCUCCCCGAGUAAUGAUCGCUCUCAUCUGCAGGAACACACAGCACUCUCUGCCGUAUUUCCUCGGAACUAUUGAGCGCCUCAAUUACCCCAAAGACCGAAUAGCGCUCUGGGUAGCAACCGACCACAAUAUUGACAACACUACAUACCUACUGCGAGACUGGCUCGUCAAUGUACAGAAACUCUACCAUUAUGUGGAGUGGAGGCCGAAGGAGGAACCAAGAGAAUAUCAUAAUGAGGAAGGGCCAAAGGAGUGGACGAACGAGCGCUACGCCUACGUCAUGAAGCUGCGGCAGGCAGCGCUCGAGUCUGCACGAGAGAUGUGGGCUGACUAUCUCAUGAUGAUUGAUUGUGAUAAUCUUCUGAUCAACCGAGACGUCUUAUGGAAACUAAUAAAUGAGAACAAGACAAUCGUGGCACCAAUGAUGGAGUCUCGCGCUGCCUACUCAAACUUCUGGUGUGGAAUGUCAUCCCAGGGCUACUAUAAGCGAACUCCUGCCUACAUCCCCAUGCGUAAGCACGUGCGUAGGGGUUGCUUUGCUGUUCCCAUGGUGCACUCGACUUUCCUGGUGGACCUGCGGAAAGAAGCUUCCAGAACGCUGGCUUUUCACCCGCCACAUUCAGACUACACCUGGGCCUUUGAUGACAUCAUAGUCUUCUCUUUCUCAGCCCGCAUGGGAGAGGUUCAAAUGUUUGUUUGUAACAAGGAAACUUACGGAUAUCUCCCAGUGCCUCUUCGUGCCCACAGCACUCUGCAAGACGAGGCCGACAGCUUUAUUCAUACAGUGCUGGAGGUCAAUGUGAGAAAUCCUCCAGUUGAGCCCUCCAGAUACUUGGCCAAACCUGUCAAAAACCCUGACAAAAUGGGCUUUGAUGAGGUGUUUAUAAUCAACCUGAAGCGACGGGACGACCGCCGUGAGCGCAUGCUGAGGGCUUUGAGAGAGCAAGAGAUCGACUGCAAGAUUAUCGCUGCUGUUGACGGCAAAGCUAUGAACGAGAGUGAGAUCAAUGCUAUGGGAAUCCACAUGCUUCCCGGCUACAGUGACCCGUACCACGGCAGACCUCUCACAAGAGGAGAGCUGGGCUGCUUCCUGUCCCACUACAACAUCUGGAAAGAGAUUGUAGACAGAGGCCUGAAGACCUCGCUGGUGCUUGAAGAUGAUUUGCGGUUUGAGAUUUUCUUCAAGCGACGCCUGCAGAAUUUAAUGAGUGAGGUCGAGAGUAAGGGUCUGGACUGGGACCUCAUUUAUAUUGGGAGGAAGAGGAUGCAAGUGGACCGGCCUGAAAAAGCAGUACCGAAAAUUCGCAACCUGGUGGAGGCGGACUAUUCCUACUGGACCUUGGGUUACAUGAUGUCAUUGCAAGGAGCCAAAAAGCUCCUCAAAGCAGAACCACUCCGUAAAAUGUUGCCUGUGGAUGAAUUCCUUCCUGUAAUGUUUAAUAAGCAUCCUGUAUCAGAUUACAUGGAGCAGUUUGAGACGAGGGACCUGAAAGCGUUCUCAGCUGAGCCCUUGCUUGUGUUCCCUACGCACUACACGGGCGAACCUGGGUACAUCAGUGACACUGAAACCUCCACGGUGUGGGACAAUGAGAGAGUGCGCACAGACUGGGACAGGAAGCGCUCGGGUAAGACCCGGGAACAGGCUGAGAUCAGCACAGAGGCCCAAAACUCAGAUGUGCUCCAGUCUCCUCUGGACAGGACGGCCCGAGAUGAACUAUGAGAGACAUUGUUUUGGACUUGCUUCUGGGGGACGUUACACCUUAAAAGCACAAUAUGAGUGAGCAGCAGAUGAGGCCCUUUUAGAGAUUUCUUUUUUAUUAUUGUUGUUUGCCAGAAAAGAAGUUGAGCUUAAACCUUUGUCCCUUAAUUUGUAGAUUAUCAAAUUGGUAACUAACCAU